CUGCCGCCUUCGUUUGCUUAGUUUCCGUGACUUCUAUUUUUUUUUUUGGUUUUGUGUCCAUUUUGUGUUUAUGCGUUGAUGUGCUAGGUGUGCUUGGCCAGACAAUGAGGAAUCUCUGCUGGCUACUGGCUGUUCCCAUUGCAAUCCUGCCCUUGGGCUGUGCCAUUGUGGGUGCAGGUCGCGAUCUCCUGUUGACGCCGAGGCAAGGACAUCAGCUGAGUGGCAAGCGGAUCUUCUACGAGGAGCCGGCGGAGGAAAGGGUACUGAACCAGAGGCGCAGCCAAUCGGCGCGUCCUUGGGAGCGAACCCUGAAGCAUGUCACAUACGUGACCCUCUUCACCGAUGCGGCCAUGGGCGCAGCAGCUGGAAAUCUAAGCCAGCUGCAUGAGUAUCACGACUUCCUGCAGACUCCAUACGCGCCGGCUGAUGACCAGAGAGGAGGAGCUGCGACUGGAGGAGCGCCAUCCGCGCGCUUCGGCGAUAUUAUGACCCUGGCCAAGGGCUACUUGGAGCAGCUGCCAGGACCCGGCAACGCAUCCUCCUAUCGCUUCGUGGAGGGCGGCACGUGCUACCAACUCAAUUGCCCCAACUCGAAUCCCAAACAGCGACGAGCCUUGUGGCAGGUUCAGCGCAUCCGUCAUCGGGACGGGGACAAGGGUCGUCACUACCACUACGAGAUGAAGUUCAGUGUGACACCGCUCGACCACAAGGCCUGGCAGCCGCAUCACCAACAGAUGAGCUACAUCCAAAAGGAGUCCGACUAUCCAGCCAGUUUCGGGCGUUUGGCACACGAUCAGGGCUUUGCCCAGCGCCGCCAGGAUAGGGAGAGAUAUGGUGCUGCAGCCGGUGGGAGCGGUGGAAACGCGGAGCAGUCGCAGGCGACCUUUGUCCACGGCAUUUUUCAGACAGCUCCGCCGCCAAAACUCAACAUCGGUGAGUAUUUAAAGGGCGCUGUGGCGCAAGGCGGUCCGAAAAUAGAGCUAUUUCCUGGUCUGCUCAAUCUGGGACUGCGACCCAAUUAUGUGGUCCCGACUACUUUUCGUCCAAGCUAUCCGGCUGCGCUGAAAUUUGGCACUCAUCCUGAAUUGGAAAGAUUCCCAACACACAACGGAGAACUGGGUAAUGCUGGUAAUGCUGGUCCAGCGGUCACUGCGGAUUUGGCAGGCAUUUCGGGCGCUGUAACCCAUCAUUUCCAUCACCAUUUCUAUGUGGCACCUGGUGCCGGCGAUGCCCAAUUGCAUCCGGAAUUGGGCUAUCGCUUGCCCAACUCCUCGCCUCCAGAACCGAUCACACCGGCCUCAAACUUAUAUACCCAUCAUCAGACAGUGCAGUUUCCCAGCUCCAAUUCGGGUUCUUCGGAAUCUCUGGAGGAACAAGAGCAGGAUUUGCUGCUGCGGACACCACAAAUUUAUGGACAGGCUUCCAAGUAUCAAACAGCCAAGCUGCCACCUUUGCUUAUCUAUGCGGGCGGCAGUUCUGGCGAUGAGGACAAGUCCUUUGUCCGAAGCGAACCGCUGGAGGAGACCGUCUAUCGCUAUUCCGAGCCGGACCCUUUAUAUGUCCACCAGAACCCCAUCGAUGUGCUGCAGGAUAAGCAGCCGCCGGAGGAGGAAACCGAACGGGGACAGCAUCAAGAGCUGGCAAGUGACCAAAAGCGAGGGGAACAGCGGCCAGUGGUCAGUCUGGAGCAGCCCGAACUGAGCACAACUGCUGCACCAACCACUGCGGCAGCGCCAUCUCCCAGCGCUGGCACCACCACUGAAACUGCAAGCACGGAGAGAUCCACACACGUCAUCCCCACCACGAGCGCCAGUUUUGUGUCCACCUCCACGCACUUUAGUCCAUUGCGCACCAUUAGUAGGUAUCGCACCACGCCAAAGAUAACAGCUGGCCGAUCCACCACAACCACUACAUCCACCAGCACCGAACCACCGCUGAACAAGUGGGCCAAGCGGCGAAAGGAGCAGGACACCAAGGCCAAGAGCAGUCACCGCCACGAAGCCUUUGUUAGCACCACUUCGUCCACCAGCACCACCAGCACGACAACUUCCACCACACCACCUCCGCCGUCAACGACAGCUCCAUCCACUCGCGUUCCAUUGGCACCGCCACUGCCACCGGCACCACCAUCCAAGGAAGUGGUGGAGGUGCUCACCCAAAAAUCGGUUAGUCGAUCUGUGAGCAUGAAAGUGGGCGAAAACGGCGAGGAGAUACCCAUCAUUGUGGACGACGAGGAGAACGAGGUCAAGCCAGUGCUGACUAAUUAGCUGCCUACCACAUACAAAACCAAUCCUAAUUAUGCUAUCCUAUAUGUAAGCCUAGUCGUAAGCACACUUAAUCCCACAAUAAAUUCAAGUAAUCCGUACGGCACGGGGUCAGACUCA